AUGGAGAUCUCGACAAAUGGAACCUUCGUGCCAAACGGUGCGAACAAUGGCCACACACCUGCUCCCCAGAUUGAGUCUCGAAUCUUCAGGACCAGCAAGCCGCCAUCAUUGGAAGAAUUCAAGAAACUGACGACGGAGUCCGUUACGAUCAACUAUCCACUUGCGAGUGACACCAUCAACAGCAUUCCGAUCUACAAGCUUCCUGACUACGCUUCCCUGUCUGUAGAACAGCUCUCCGCUCUGCAAGAUGAAUGGUACCACAUCCUCCUGCACGGCCCGGGUGUCUUCGCGACAAAACACCUGUUCACCAACCUCGGCCUGAUCGACAAGGUGAAUAAUGUCUACUCGACAAUCAUCGAACAAGAGGCGCAGCGAUCGGGCAAGAAAGGCGACCAUUUCGCAACCUCGGGCUCAAACUCACGCAUCUGGAACUCCUUCUCCAAACACUGCCUCGCCGACCCUUCAUCCUUUGUCGAGUACUACUCCAACCCUUGGCUACCGCUCAUCUGCUCAGCCUGGCUAGGUCCCCACCACAGACUCACGGCGCAGGUCAACAUCGUCCGACCCGGCGGCUCAGCGCAGAUCAGCCACCGCGACUACCACAUCGGCUUUCAAAGUGCAGCGUCGUGCGAGAAGUUCCCCAAGGCGCUGCAAAUCGCCAGCCAGUUCCUGACCCUCCAAGGUGCGGUAGCACACAGCGACAUGCCGCUAGAAUCCGGCCCGACGCGCCUGCUGCCCUUCAGCCAGAGGUUCGAGGCAGGGUACAUGGCGUAUCGACUGAAGGCGUUCCAGGACUUCUUCUUGGAAAAAUACGUCAGUGUCGCGCUUGACAAGGGCGAUGGACUGUUCUUCAACCCGGCGCUCUUCCACGCUGCCGGCGCCAACACGUCGGCGGAUAUCCAGCGCUCGGCCAACUUGCUGCAGAUCUCGAGUGCGUUUGGCAAGCCGAUGGAGAUGAUCGAUACGCUGCCGUUGGUGCAGAGGACGUGGGAUGAUUUACAGGAUCGAUAUCAAAACGAGGGAUUGAGUGCCGAGGUCAGGGCGUUUUUGGGGAGCGUCGCGGAGGGGUAUCCGUUCCCGACGAACUUGGAUAGGAGGGUGCCGGAGACGGCGGGCAUGGCUCCGAAGAGCGAGCAGGAUGUGCUACUCCAGGGCCUCAAGGAGGAAUGGGACAGGGAAGCCGUGCUGAGCGAGCUGAGGAAGCUAGCAGAGGACUCAAACGCUUGA